AUGUCGGGUUCUGGCUCUAGAGCAGCACUUGACAAACAGCAGAGUGCACUCUUAGUGGAAGAGUUGGCUUCAUUGCUGGAGUGUUUAUCCCCCGAAGGAACGGAAGUGAUCACUAGGAUUCAUCAAAUAGUCGAAACGUUACAGGACCGCGAGAAAUCGAUCAAUGAGCGGAGUCUGUAUCGUAAGCUUCUGUUGGCUGUAGAAGGAAACCGGCAUAACAUCAUUCACACCUUGAGCACCCAUCCGUUGCACUACAUCGCAUACCUCUUGAUCGAUUCUGGUAACGGGGAUUGCCAAUCUCGUGGCCUAUACCUUUUGAUGGUUUGUCUCUGCUCUGAAGACAGGUAUCCAGUGGGUCCUAGGCAUGAUGGCGAAAUUUCCCUUCCGAUUGACGAAUCUUCUCGCCAGCUUAGGAAGAAGCUCGUCGAUAAGCUGUCAGAAAUAUUCCACGAUGGACAGCGGGAUGAUCACAGCCGAAAACUGGCAGGGAAAAUCUUAGUGGACAUGUUACUGGAAUCGAAAGGACUGGGCCAGGUUGACCUAAAGCCCUUAUGGAUGAAGAUCGAUUCAGUCCCAGACAACACAGUCUUAGGAUUUUUCGCUGGCCUCAUUACUCACAAACUGCUUUCCUUGACGGACAGCCGGGAAUCUACCCCAACCUUGGUUUUAACGGUCACUGAAAGUCCGUUUUCCACCUAUUUGGAAAAGAUACAGUCCGAUCCCCCGAGGUUCCUCGCGGAUAUGGCGGCCAUGAUAGGACGAUGUCCAAUAGUAUGUGCGAGAGAACAGUCGUCGAUCCUACAGACUCAGGUGACAACUUGUAUUCUCCGGUCUGUCAGUAUAGACAUGAAGAGUCUCGCGAACAACAUGGUGCUUGCAACAUUGAGUCCUACGGAAUUGACAUUCAUAUACUCCCCGGCAGAUGAAUGCAAUGGGUAUUUCGAAUAUCUCGAAGUAUCGUUUCCGAACCCACGAUACAUCCAUACAUCAUUUAAUAUGAAUGAUGCCAAAAACCAGCACCUGAUAUUGUAUAUUGACGACGCGAGUCUUGUUUUCAGAAAUGGGCAUAAACAAAGAGGAGACAAGUUGACGAUAAGAAUGGACUCCAGUGAUGAUCUGUCGGAGCUAAAAGAGAGAAUGCGUUCACUCACCGGCGAAGAUACACAGGCGAACACUAGUGGCUCCAUGAUUCGAAGAUCUUCGUCCAUGAUUAUAACCUUGGACUCAAUAGAAGAGAUCGCACGGAAAUCUCUUAAUGAAAGAGCCCACGAAGAGAGUCUAAUUUUCAACGAAGCCCAGGGGCCUGACGGAGCAAUUACUGGGAUCUCGCGGGAUAGUAACCAAGAAAGCCAUUCGCAUCAAGAGACAAGUCAUCUAGGGGAUGCUGAAAUCACCCAGGCAAGCCCACCUAAAUGUGACAUGUCCCAGAGACAGGAACAGAAUCGGGAAACUCCCAUCAAAGAACAGCUUGAGGGAGUAUCCGAAUACUCGAAUGAAGACCAGUCCAAAUUGCCAUCCGUAGCACUGGGACGGGGAUUAGAGAUAGGCGAGCACAUUAGUAUGGAAUACGAAAUGAUGACACCUGCUGCAGAAGAGACAGGCAAACACCGAAGCCAACUGACUAGCCCACAAAAGUCCAAGAGCCCACCACAAACCAUACGAGUCAAGUCUCCCGAUAGGAGUAUUGAGGUGGCAAAAAACGAAUCACAGGGCGAGAAGGAUAGUCAUGAUUUGUCCUUUCGAAGGAAUUCCAAAUGCCUUCUACCGAAUACUCAAGAAUCCCUGAUUUUUCCGCUACGACGGCCGAAAAGAAAAGUGUAUAACUUGAACUCGAAAGCGGCUGUGGAUUGGGAUGAAGACCUUCGGCCCAGCGAUGAGGCGGACGAAGCUGAGCCUCCACCGAAGCGUCUUUCCCGGGUCGGGUUCACCUCUGUAACAUCUCUGAUAUCAUCUCCGUUUCCCGGCGAUGAACCUUUAUUUCAGCCGAAGCCCAAAGGACCAGUAAAACGGCAGAAACCUACAAAGGCGAAGUCUUUGGCCACAGGGAAAAAAACAUGUGCAAGGAAAACAAAGAGCCAAAAAAAGAAGAAGGUAGAGACUGCGCCAAAACCAUGUCUACAACUUGACAUUGCUAGCGAAACCGUCCAGCAACCCCAAGAUGACAGGUAUGGGGACACUGAAAUGACUAGUGACAACGGACUAUGUCUCACUGAUGGUGACAAACAAACCCAAUUCAGCAAUCUCGACGGAUUGCCAGAUCUAGGAAUUGAAGUCGCAGCGGUUCUUGCUGAGACUGACACCACCCUUGUGGAUGUUGCAGACACGAGCAAGUCCAUGCUGUGCAAUGAAGACGGUGACCUGGCAGGAAGCACACCCGAAAAGAUACACUAUACCGACGCAGACCUGGGACAGAGCGACGGCGAUAGAGCGAGAAAGGUGGACAAUGAGUUGAACAAGAACCUAAGCCAAGAUUUCGAGCAACGCGAAAGUUUAAAUGAAGGAAGAGGGUUGGCUAUGGGAAAGAGGCUUGCAGCGGCUUUACGAGGAAGCGCAGCUACGUCACACGAAGUAGACCACCAUGAUGCAAGCAGCAUUGAUAUUGAUACGAAUGAGAAAAUUGACAACAAUGGCUCCUUGGAGACAAUUUCGCCUGCUCAUCCAGCAACCGCCCAAGAUGUAGACAUCGUGCCUACGGCGGAAAAAUACAAUGUUGAGAGCGUCAAGUCAACAUGUGUGACAGGUAUUCAAGUAACUGAUGGGACUGGCACGCCGACUCUGGUACCACCAGAAAAACCUAGCCUACAAUAUACCGAGGAAGUUCUGCACGCACUGACAGAGGGAAGCAACCGACCUGACAGUGAGGCAUUAGACAAAAAACCGAAAGCUGAGGAGCUCCGAUACUCUGACGUUAACCUCGAAGAGAAUUCCUCACGUACGCACUCUACAUGUCAGACCCACAAAAGGCCGUUGAACUCAAUUCCUGGAUUGAGGGGCGAUGAUUGCACGAAGUGCAGCACAGUUGAGAAAGAAAGGGGUCUCACCACAGACACUCUGUCUAACAUAUUCCGUGCUAAUUCCCAAGCUCAGCUCAGGCAUCCCAAACGGCGAAGUGAAAUUUCGAGAACAACUAUCGUGGACGGGAAUGGAAGCCCGAGACUUUUCCCACAGACAGAGCAUGGUCAUCAAUCCCAUAGCCGGUAUAGUUGGCCCAAAAAGGAACCGAUCUCAGCCAUAGACAAGUGUAGCAGCUUAGCUCACCCUACAAGCUCGGAUAUUGUGUCACAGGCUCGGUCAUUAUCAAAUGACCUGAUUCGUGCUUUUUUUGUUUCCCGCGAAAAACUCGGUAUCCACUCGGACAAUUAUGCACGAGAGAAAUGCGCCAUUUCUAGAGAGUCGUCUGUGUCAUCUUUCAAUACGAUGGAUUGCACAAUUGCAGGGUGUCUUGACAAUGGUCAUGAGGCGACUCCCCCAGAUGAUAGAGAUAUCGCCGAUCGAGUAAACAAGCUGUCCCCGGGUCGUGACAGGCUGCAAGUCCAGCCAAGACUAGGUCAACACCAAAGGGAGGAGAGCCUUACCACGGAUCAACCCGUACUGUUGCAGACGGUGCAAGAGAUGACAGGAAAUGAAUUUUCUGGCUCCAGCAAGAUAGGCUCAGCUGACGGCAAGGAGUAUCUUUUAUGCCAACUGGAGCAAGAGCGGAAGACUAUCACCGAGGCCUUGGAGACGUAUCGUCGACAGUGUCACCGAGUGCUGGAUCAACUCUUCGAGGCCCAGAAAGAGCAAAUCAGAGUGUGCCGGGAGGGGAUGGAGGGGGUACAACGACACCACGCCGACAUCUGCAGGGAGGUUACCGAUCGCCUGGAAGCAAACGAAAGAUCGCUGCUCACAAGCGCUGAGUGGAAAGUGUUCAAACGUGGCUCGGAGAGACCGAGCAGACCUUCGCCACGCUGA